AUGCGUUCUCAGCCAGAUACACGUCGAAGUACAUCAGCUUUAUUAUAUGAUGAAAAUGAAAAAACCAUUGAUGCAAUAUUAGAUCAACAACCAUUAUUAGGAUAUACAGAUAUUGAUGGUGAUAAUAAUAUACAUGAACCAUGGCAUCGACGAAUUUUUGCAAGACAUAUUGUAGCAACAUGGACGUUUUUUGGUUUUCUUUGUUUAUAUAUGCUUCGUGUUAAUUUAUCAGUCGCUAUUGUUGCUAUGACAACACCACAAAGUGCUACAAAUCAAUCAGUAGAAGCAUGUCCAUCGCCUAAUGAUUCAAGUAGUACUCCAGCCAAGCAUGGCGAUUUUGAUUGGAAUCCUCGUACUCAAGGACAUGUACUUGGUUCGUUUUUUUAUGGUUAUAUUCUUUCACAAUUUAUUGGUGGAAUAUUAGCUGAACGAUAUGGUGCUAAAUGGAUAUUUGGUUGUGGUCUUCUAGGAGCUGGUCUUCUUACACUACUUUCGCCAAUUGCAGCUAAAACUCAUGUUGGUCUUCUUAUUGCAACGCGUAUUCUUAUCGGUGUAUUUGAAGGUCCAGCAUUUCCAGCUGCAGGUGCAUUAUGGAGCCAAUGGGUGCCACCUUUAGAAAGAAGUAUCAUACCACCUAUUGCUCAUGCUGGAAAAGAAGUUGGGGUUGUUGUCACUACUCCAUUAGCUGGUAUUUUAUGUGCAUCAGCCUUUUUAGGUGGUUGGCCAUCAUCAUUUUAUGUUUUUGGUGUUAUAACUUGUAUAUGGUUUAUUUUCUGGUGCUUUUUUGCUUAUAAUAGUCCUUCACAACAUCCACGAUGUUCAAAGAAAGAACGAGAUUAUAUAACUGCUGUUCUACCAAAACCAAAGAAAUUAAAAACUCCGUGGUUAGCAAUUGCUACUUCGAUUCCUUUUUGGUCAAUUGCUAUUGCAUCAACUUGUGUUCAAUUUGUUUAUUAUGUUUUAUUAACAUCAUUACCAACUUAUUUUGCAACUAUAUUAAGAUUUAAUUUACAAAAAAAUGGUUUUAUGUUUGCUAUUCCUUAUGUAUUUAUGAUGAUUGUUAUUGUUACGAGUGGUCAAUUAGCUGAUCAUCUUCGAGCACGAAAAAUAAUGUCAACAACAUCUGUACGAAAACUACAAACAAUUAUCGGUGGUGUUGGUUCAUCAUUAUUUCUAGUUCUUAUCGGUUAUGUUGGAUGUAGUAAAGUAGCAGCUAUGUUUUGUAUUACAUUAGCGGUUGCUUUUAUUGGUUUUCAUUCAAGUGGUUGUCAAAUAUCACAUCUUGAUAUUGCAAGCAAUUAUGCUGGUACUCUUGUUGGUAUUACAAAUACUCUGGCUUCAAUACCAGGUUUUGUUGGUCCUGCUAUGGUUGGUGCUAUUACAAAUAAUAAUCAAACCCUACAUGCUUGGCAAACUAUUUUUAAUUUAUCUGCAGGAAUCGGACUCUUUGGUUGUAUCGUCUAUUGUAUCUUUUUUGACGGUAAUGAACAAUCAUGGAAUCGAAAUGAUAUUGAAGAGAUUACAGAAAAUUAA